AUGGCCACGGCAACUUACCUCUCCUCCAUCUCGGCGCCGCCGCCGUCGCGCGCCCGCCUGCGGCGGCAGACGACCAGGGCGACCGCGUCGGCGACGGACCGUCCGCGCGAGGUGGUGUCCCCGAAGCGCCGGCUCCCGCUGCGGAAGGUGCCGGGCGACUACGGCCCGCCGGUGCUGGGCGCGAUCCGCGACCGGUUCGAGUACUUCUACGGGCCCGGCGGCCGCGACGGGUUCUUCACCUCCCGCGUGCGCGCGCACGGCUCCACCGUGGUGCGGCUCAACAUGCCGCCGGGCCCCUUCGUGGCGCGCGACCCGCGCGUGGUGGCGCUCCUCGACGCCGCCUCCUUCCCGGUGCUCUUCGACACCUCGCUCGUGGACAAGACGGACCUGUUCACGGGAACCUUCAUGCCCUCCACCGACCUCACCGGCGGCUACCGCGUGCUCUCGUACCUCGACCCCAGCGAGCCCAACCACGGGCCGCUCAAGACGCUCCUCUUCUACCUCCUGUCGCACCGUCGGCAGCACGUGAUCCCCAAGUUCCGCGAGGUGUACGGCGAACUCUUCGGGAUCAUGGAGAACGAGCUGGCCAGGGUCGGCAAGGCCGACUUCGGCCACCACAACGACGCCGCCGCCUUCUCCUUCCUCUGCCAGGCGCUGCUGGGGCGCGACCCCGCCGAGUCGGCGCUCCAGGGCGACGGCCCCAAGCUGAUCACCAAGUGGGUGCUGUUCCAGCUCAGCCCGCUGCUCAGCCUGGGCCUGCCCAAGCACGUCGAGGACUCGCUGCUUCACUCGUUCCGCCUCCCGCCGGCGCUGGUGAAGAAGGACUACGACCGGCUCGCCGACUUCUUCCGCGACGCGUCCAGGGGGGUGGUCGACGAGGGCGAGCGCCUCGGCAUUGCGCGGGAGGAGGCGGUGCACAACAUCCUCUUCGCCAUGUGCUUCAACUCCUUCGGCGGCAUGAAGAUCCUGUUCCCGUCGCUCGUCAAGUGGCUGGGCCGCGCCGGCGCGCGCACGCACGGGCGGCUGGCCACCGAGGUGCGCGACGCCGUGCGCGCGCACGGCGGCGAGGUGACCAUGAAGGCGCUGGCGGAGAUGCCGCUGGUGAAGUCGGCCGUGUACGAGGCGCUGCGGAUCGAGCCCCCCGUGGCGAUGCAGUACGGGCGCGCCAAGCGGGACAUGGUGGUGGAGAGCCACGACUACGGCUUCGAGGUGCGAGAGGGGGAGAUGCUCUUCGGCUACCAGCCCAUGGCCACCAAGGACCCGCGCGUCUUCGCGCGCGCCGAGGAGUACGUGCCCGACAGGUUCCUCGGGGAGGAUGGCGCGCAGCUGCUUCGCCACGUCGUCUGGUCCAACGGGCCCGAGACGGCGUCGCCCACGCUGCAGGACAAACAGUGCACCGGCAAGGACUUCGUCGUGCUCAUCGCGCGCCUCCUCGUCGCCGAGCUCUUCCUCCGCUACGACUCCUUCGACGUCCAGGUCGGCGCCUCCGCGUUGGGGUCGUCGGUGACCAUCACCUCGCUCAAGAAAGCCACCUUCUGA